AUGGCCCCCGCGGCUCGCCGGCCCCGCGCCGCCCUCGCGCUGCUCCUGGCGCUCGCCGCCCUCGGCCCCGCCGCGCCCGCGUCCGCCUGGGCCCCCCGAAACGCCAGCGAGGGCUGGGCGGCGACGCCGGCGAGCAGCAGCCUGCAGCGGGCCCGCGGCGCCGCCGAUGCCCCGGAGCCCGCUGACAACGGCACGCGGCCCCGGGGGCCGCCGGCGGCCAGCGCGGCCCCAGCGGGCUCCCGGCUAGACCCCGCCGGGGCCGCCACCGCCGCGCCGGGGCCGCCCGAGGCGCCGGAGCCUGCGGUCGGCGUCGUGCCGGGCGCGGGAAAAGCGGCGCCGCCGGUUCCCGCGGGGCCGAGCGGCGGCAGCGGCGGUGCCGAGGCGGCGCCGUGUUUCGGCUGCGCCGGCGAGGAGCCCGGCAGCGGCGAGCCGCCACCGCCCGGCCCCGCGGGGCCCCGUGCCGCCCUCGAGGGGCUCACGGCCGCCCCGCCGCCGCCCCCCGCCGCCGGGCCGCCCCGCGACCGGGCCGUCCCAGCGCCCGGCGCCACCGCCCCGGGCACGGCCGAGCCGCCCGCGGGCCGGACAGUCGCCGAAAUCCUCGACGUCGACUACUAUGAGCUGCUGGCGGGGGGCGAGGGGGCGGCGGGCGGCGCGGCCACGCCGUGGGGGCUGCGCGAGCUCUACGACGACUUCACGCCCUUCGACGAGGCCGAUUUCUACCCCACGACGUCCUUCUACGCCGACGGCGACGAGGAGGGCGAGGAGGGCGAGGAGGACGAGGAAGACGAGGAGGCCGAGGCCGGGGGGCUGGAGGACGAGAACGGGCUGCGGGCGCCCACCGCGGCCGGGCCCGGCGUCCCCACCGCGGGCCCCGAGCCGCGGCCCACGGGGCGCCGUGCCGCGGCCCCGCUGCCGCCCGCCGUGGCAGCGCCGGGCCCGGGGAACGGCACCGGGUGCCGCAGCGGCUACGCGCGGCACAACGGCUCCUGCCGCUCCCUGUGCGACCUCGUCCCCGGCUACUGCCACAACGGCGGCCAGUGCUACCUGGUGGAGAGCCACGGGGCCUUCUGCAGGUGCAACACGCAGGCGUACACGUGGCACAAGGGCCCGCGCUGCGAGGCCGUCGUCACCGACUUCCAGGUGCUGUGCGUGGCCGUGGGCUCGGCCGCCCUGGCGCUGCUGCUGCUCCUCAUGCUCGCCGUGUGCUUCGCCAAGCGGCUCUACCUGCUCAAGGCCGAGAACCGCCGGCUGCGCAGGAGCAAGUACCGCGGCCCCGCCGAGCUGCACAACGACAACUUCUCGCUGUCCACCAUCGCCGAGGGCUCGCACCCCACCGACGGCGCCAAGCCGCCGGAGCCCCCGCCGCCCGGCGGGAAGGAGGCGGGCGACGACGACGAGGAGGAGGAGGACGGAGCCUUCGGCGCGCCCGGCGCCCCGGCGUCGCCCCAGCGCCCGGGCGGCAAAGGCGAGCGGGACGGCGCCGGGGCCAACUGCCUGCCCAACAGCGCGGCGUAG